GUGGGACAAAGAGCUGCAGGAGGUGACGUCAGCAAGCCGCUUUCUUCCCCUCCGUGUUGAUUCAAUAACAAGAAAGAAAGAAGGAAAGAAAGUGUCCUGAGAGAAAUGCUUUGUCUCGUGCCACAUCGCUCAGUUUCGACACGACUUCAACAGCAGCCAAUGCGAUCUCUGCUCUACAGUCUUCUCGCCAGUGAAGUUUAACGGGAAAUCUGUUUUUAAGUCUUUCGCGCGAGGAUUUCUUAUGACUCUCCUUUUGAUUUCUACACGGUGAACAUGUUUGUUUUUUGGAAGAGCAGCAGUAAUAUGAGUGAUCUGGUGGGUCCGGUGUAUCAGGGGUGCGUGGACGGGUCUAUGAUGGACGGCUUCAGUGUUUUCAUUCAGGGUCUUUUGGCUGUUCUGGCUUUCAGCACAUUACUGUUGAAAAGGUUUCGUGAACCCGUGGGAAUAAGAAGACCAUGGAGGAUCUGGUUCUUUGAUACGUCAAAGCAGGCCAUCGGGGCUCUUUUCAUGCAUUUUGCCAACAUUUUCUUGUCCACACUCACCAAUGAAGAUCCCUGUUCUCUAUAUCUGUUGAACUUCCUGUUGGAUGCCACGUUGGGAAUGCUGGUGAUCUGGGUGGGGGUGAAGGUUGUUUCCAAGAUAGUGGAACAUAAACAGCUACCACUGCUGAUGUUUGGAGAAUAUGGUGAUCCUCCUCGGAUAGCAGCCUGGUUGGCUCAGUGCUCAGUGUAUUUACUCAUUGUUGCUCUGGAGAAAAGUGUGGUCACUCUGGUGCUGCUCGUUCCUGGGUGGACCAAUCUGGAGGAGGUGGUGCUGGACUACAUCCCAAACCCACAGCUGGAGCUGGCUAUCGUCAUGCUGAUCGUGCCUUUCAUUGUAAACUCUAUAAUGUUCUGGGUGGUGGACAGUUUAACAAUGCGGAAAUCUAAGAAAAUUACAUCUCUGGAGGGCUCACGUGACUGUCCUAAGCAAGUAGAGGUGUUGCCAAAUGACAGCAAUGAUGAAGCUGAGGUGCUGCUAAAGGAAGAUGAAGAUGAUGCUACAGUGUGUUCUGAACAGGAAGAACACGUCUCUACAGAAGAGGUGUUGAUAAGAGUCUGUAUGGAAGUUUAAAACAAACGUUAAGAAGUAUACUUGUCAGAAUUUCUUAAACACUAUAUAUUUGUUCCUAAACCUCGUGAGCUGCCUUGCUGUUUACCUCCUACAUAGGCAGAUACCUUCCAGAGUGAAAUGGAAACUCAUAAGUGAUUUUGGAAUACUCUAAUUAGACUUCAACUUAGCGCAACUCUCAACUUUUCACGUAAAGUACACACUGGAGAUGGGACUCAGUUGAUAUCAAUAGAGUUUGGCGUUAGCAUGUUGCUAAGCUAACAACACAGUACCAUAGAUAGUAGACAUGUCUCCACUUCCUUACACUACGGAAAAGUGAAGCCAAAACAUCAGUAUGGCCACUAUCAUCUUGUGAGAAUGACGUCAUCUGGAGCCCGAGUCUGCGCCGUAGUGAUUCAUUUGGAGACAGGAAGUGGAGUUGCGGUAUCAAAGUCCCAUCCAAACUCCCGCAGACCCAAUCGCACACUCACAAUCAUGACACCACACCCCAUUUUUGUAGCAUAAAAUUUUAUUAAAUGUAUUCAUUUCAUAAUUUAGUUUUGCUCACAUCCCAUUUGUUUACAUGGAGAGGGCGGGGUUUUUGACCUAUGCUGCAGCCAGCCAACAGAUGGCGAUCAAAAUGUUUUGGCUUCAAUUUUCAGGUCAUGUGCGGCACACCUGUACAAUACUCAAUACUUGAGUCAAUACUAUGUAAAAAUUAAAAAAUUGUUAAUGAUGCUUUAAAUAGAGCUUUUCAUGGGAGUACACUUGGGAGAGUAGAUUUACAAUUGUUUCCAAUUGAGGGGUGUUUACACAACACCAUUUUCAACUAAAAACUAAAAACUUUUUAUGCAUUGUGGCUGUUCAUUUACACGACAAAGGUGCUUUGUGCGUCUGAAAACCCAAACUUUUGAAAACGGGUUUGAAAAAGUGCAAGAUUUUGAAAACCGUUAUCGUUUCCGUGUAAACUACAAAAACACAAAUUUGUGAAAACGGUAAUUUCGUGCUCAUGCGUAUUAUAUGUACAAAGCCUUUUUAGUCGUUUUCACAGGUCUGUGUAAACGGGGAUCGUUUUGACAACUUUGUCAUCUGUACAUGAAAAACACAAAGGAAAAACAUUUCUGUUUUUCAUGUAAACAUGCCCCAAGUCUGAUGUUAGCAUGUUGCUAAGCUAACAACAUAAAAGGUAAACAGAUUCCUUUGUCAACAUUUCUCUCAGAUCGUCCGCCAUUUUAAAAUGUAAUUUUAAAAAAAGUAAAUAAAAUUAAUAUUUUCUGGAAUAGCCUUCUCCAAAAAAAAAAAAACACUCAUGCAAUGAGUAUUUAGUAUUUUAGUAUUGAUGUUUUGGUAACAAUGAAGAUACAUUCCCAGAACAUUCUGAUAACAGUUGCUAGAGGGACUAUGCUGUCUAGGUAGGCAGCUCUCUAGAUUUUGGAGCAGCUGGGAAGUUUUAACAAAAUUUUAAGCAGACACAUGCAACUUGACAUGCUGUACUUCAUGUAAAACUGCAUUUUGCUUAUACUUUUAUAAUUGUUAAACACGCAGCUUAUAUUAAAUGUGAGCUCAUUUUAAUUGAGAUACUACAUGGAAUAUUUAUGCUUUUAAAAAUUCAUGUCAGGCUUUUAGAAGUACUAAAUCAAAAAUGUGAUAUAAAAUGGUCACCAUUUCACAAGUUACAGCAUCUGAGUUAUAUAUUUUGCUUUAUACAUUUAUAUAAACUUCAACCUAAAAUCUUGUUGUUGAAAAAAUAAUUGUUUAGCAAGAGCAACAGUUUUAUGAAAUACUUUAAAUUACAUUGUAGGAUGUUUGUAUAUAUGUUUGUAUGUUAAUGUAUAAGCAGACAAGAUAAUUAUCAACAUACGAGUUAUUGAAGGGAAACAUUAUCCUCCUUCCACAUCCUUUAGAAUUCAUACUUCUAAGAAGUUAAUUAAAAGAAGAGAAAUGGAGAGAGAUGAGAGAGGAGGUCUAGUGUUUCUCCUGAUUACAGACAUUCAGACUUUUAAUUUGUAGUCUAAACAAGUCAUGUCACUACCUGCGAUGAACACCUCGCUGUAAAUACACUACAACCAUGUUUCCAGCUCUGAUGCAUGCUAGAAUAUUUCAUAUCUGAAAGAUGUGCUCAAGAAAAAGUUUUAUGUAAAACAAUUUGUAAAUAUUCAGUUUUAAGUGAAAGACCAGAUUAUCUUUGUGCUUAUUGUAGUGUUGUUUUUGUAUUUGUAAACAUCAUGCACUAGUUCUGAAUAACAAUUUGAUAUAACUGAUGUAUAAAAUGUACAACUGUUUACAAUUUAAGCUGUGAAAUUAUAUUGAUUUCUUUAAAAUUGUAGCAAUGUCAACACGCAUAUCUAAUUUCUUCAACAUGAGGAAACAUCUUGUUGAAAAAUGUUGCCUCGAUGCCUUAUUUGGAUGAAAACUAAUAAAACUAGUUUGAGUGACUUGAAA